AUGUUUGAUGCUCUAUCAGGACUUGGUGCUGGUGGUCAAAGAGCAGCAAGUGUCUCGCUGACUGACGAAGCAAAUGCUGCGUUGUAUGCGUGUUUUGCUGUUGUAGGAUUCUUUGGAGGAUCCAUUGUAAAUACAUUAGGCCCACGAUACACCUUUUUCCUUGGCACUCUUGGGUAUACGAUAUAUAUAGGAUCUCUGUGGAGUCUUGACCGCAAUGGUAAUCGUGGAUUUGUGGUAGCAGGAGGAGUUCUGUGCGGUAUCUCAGCUGGUCUACUAUGGAGUGUGCACGGAAUGAUCACUAUGGCAUAUCCCGAAGAAAAAGACAAAGCAAAAGGGUUUGCAAUUACCUGGUCUUUGCUGUCCAUAGGAGCCACUCUCGGCGGUUUAAUACCGUUGUUGCAGAACUUACAUCGACCCGACGAUUCAGGUGUAAACACUGGCACAUAUCUUGGUUUCUUAAUUGUCAUGUUAGUAGGUGUAUGUGUCUCUUUGACACUCUGUGAUCCAAAAGCAGUACGAAGAAAGUCGGGUCUGCCAUUGGAGGAUUUUAAACAAACGGAUUUCCGUACUGAAAUUAUCGGAGUUUUUAAGCUUGUCACUGAUAAGAAGAUCAUGAUGCUGCUGCCAGCCUUUUUCGCCAGUAACUUUUUCUACUCAUACCAGUUCGGUAUGAAUGCAUUUUAUUUCUCACUGCGAACGCGGUCUCUGAACUCAUUAAUAUACUGGCUGACCCAGGUAAUAGGCACAUUUUUUAUCGGUGCUGUUCUCGACAAUCAUCGAAUGGGUCGAAGGAAACGGGGACUGCUUGGACUGGCCAUUGUCUCAAUAUUUGUGCUUGGUACAUGGGCAGGAGGAGUGGCUUUUCAAGUGACAUUCACCCGUAAAACGGACCCACCUCCAAAUGUCGACUGGACAAGCUCGAAAUUUGGUGGUCCUUUUGUACUCUACUUCAUGUAUGGCAUGUCGGAUGCCAUGUGGCAGUCGUGGUGCUACUGGAUCAUGGGCUCGCUCACCAAUGAGACCUUCAGACUGGCCCGAUACGCUGGUUUCUACAAAGGCAUCCAAUCCGCCGGAUCAGCCAUCUCAUUCGGCAUCGACGCUGCUGGCACUCCGUUCAUGAACGAGGUCGUCGCGAACUUCAUCCUCAUGGGCUGCAGCAUCCCUCUCAUGGCAUACGUGGCUUGUCAAACUGUCGAGACCAACUACGGCCUCGAAUCCGAAAUCUUCGACCCCACAGCACCUCUCCCCGUCACCAACUGCGACGAAGGCUCAGACGACGUCGACCAGGUGUCAACACACCAUCCUCAGAAGGUCUAA